CCUCGCUCACCACACAUGUUGGACUACGGCACUUUUGCCGGCAAACAAAAGGGUAACGCACUGACCAGAGGUGACAGCUCCUCUGACACCCGGACUGGCAUCUCCCACGCAGACGUCAUGGCAGCUCUAGCCAACAGCGGGUCACUGAGGGGAGGAACUACCUCUCGGAACAGGAAAGGAAACCAAGCUAUGAGCCAUUACUCGGGUGGCCUAGCCGGGAAGGGUGGGCUGUUCUCUGACACCCAGUCCCUCGCGUCUGACAAAGGAGGCGCCGCUCACUCAGGCAUGAAAGGCUUCCUCACCGGGGGAGGCGAAAUCUCGGGGUCUUCGGGUUCUUCAUCAGCUGGCAAAGGGAACACGGGCUCUCUCGGCAAGUAAGUGACGCCCAGGGUAUACAUCCAGCGAGAUAGCCGAGGUAGACUCCCAACUCCUAGACACUGAAGACUGCUAAACAUGAGACUACACUCCGGCCGUCGCUCUCCUGCACAGCAAAACAGUAUACUGGAACAGCGUCAUGGAU